CUCCCACGCUCCUUUGCGGUCGAACUGCCGGGGUUCUUCUCACUUCCGCUGGCAACAUGGCGGCGUUUACAUCCUUAGUAUCGUACAGCAGUGGUUCAGAGUCUGAUAGUGGGGCGGACAGUGAAGAUUGCAGCGCCCAUUUAAAAUCUUUACCCCCGGGAACAGGAGUCUUAAGAGUUGUAGACUCAGCACCGGAGGUAGCGGUGAAGGAAGAUGUGGAGACCGGAGAUCACCUUGAUCCGUAUGCCAAAGAGGUUCAAUUUAAUCCUACCUAUGAGACAAUGUUUGCACCACAGUUCGGUCCCAAAAAUCCGUUCAGAACACAGCAGAUGGCUGCUCCUAGGAACAUGCUUUCAGGAUAUGCAGAACCAACGCAUAUUAACGAUUUCAUGUUUGAACAACAGAGAAGAACAUUUGCAACAUAUGGUUAUGCAUUAGAUCCUUCCAUAGACAACCAGGAAACCAGCACUAAGUAUAUAGGUUCUGUUGAUGAAGCAGAAAAGAAUCAAGGUUUAACAGUGUUUGAAUCCACACAGAAGAAAGUCGACAAAAGAAAGAAAAUUAAAGGAAGCGAUGCCUCGAACAUAGAGGGUUUUCUUGGCCCAUGGGCAAAAUAUAUUGAUGAAAAGGAUGUUGCGAAACCUUCAGAGGAGGAGCAGAAGGAGUUGGAUGAAAUAACAGCGAAAAGGCAAAAGAGAGGCAAACAGGAGGAGGAUAAGCCUGCAGAAGAGAAGACCAUUUUACAUGUUAAAGAAAUGUACGACUAUCAAGGAAGAUCUUAUCUUCAUAUUCCUCAGGAUAUCGAUGUGAACUUGCGCUCAACAGAACUCCCAGAAAAGUGCUAUCUUCCAAAGAAACAGAUACAUGUCUGGUCAGGGCACACUAAGGGUGUCAGUGCUGUGAGGUUGUUUCCAGUUUCUGGCCAUUUGCUGCUAUCUAGUUCCAUGGACUGCAAGAUUAAGCUCUGGGAGGUGUACAAAGACCGAAGAUGCUUACGCACAUUUAUCGGGCACAGUAAAGCUGUGAGAGACAUAUGUUUCAACAAUGCUGGGACCCAAUUCUUAAGUGCUGCUUAUGACCGCUAUCUCAAGCUUUGGGACACAGAAACAGGACAGUGCAUUUCUAGGUUUACAAAUAGAAAAGUACCCUACUGUGUAAAAUUCAAUCCUGAUGAAGAUAAACAGACUCUAUUUGUGGCUGGAAUGUCUGAUAAGAAGAUUGUGCAGUGGGAUGUUCGAAGUGGAGAGAUAGUCCAGGAGUAUGACCGACAUCUGGGGGCUGUCAACACCAUAACAUUUGUGGAUGAGAAUAGGCGUUUUGUGAGCACCUCCGAUGACAAAAGCUUGAGGGUCUGGGAGUGGGACAUUCCUGUGGAUUUUAAGUACAUCGCAGAGCCAAGUAUGCACUCCAUGCCUGCUGUCACCUUAUCACCAAAUGGUAAAUGGCUAGCCUGUCAGUCCAUGGACAAUCAGAUUUUAAUAUUUGGUGCUCAAAACCGAUUCAGACUGAAUAAAAAGAAAAUCUUUAAGGGCCAUAUGGUGGCAGGGUAUGCCUGUCAAGUUGACUUUUCUCCAGAUAUGAGCUAUGUAGUGUCUGGAGAUGCUGAUGGAAAGCUGAACAUCUGGGACUGGAAGACAACUAAACUGUACAGCAGACUGAAAGCACAUGAUAAAGUUUGCAUAAGUGCUAUUUGGCACCCUCAUGAAACCUCCAAAGUAAUAACAUGUGGAUGGGAUGGUCUUAUCAAACUAUGGGACUAAGCAGAGUGAAACAGAGUGCCUAUGCAUUUCAGUGAGGCUAUAAAUAAUGGCUGGUAAUCUUUGGACAACAGCAGAAUUAGCAACAGAGAAGCACAAUAUCUGGAUCACUGAUCUGUGCCAAUAAGAAUAAAUGUUAUUAGGCCGCCAAUAAUGCAGCUAUGAAAGUACAAUAUUUUGUAUAUGUUCUUGCAGAUUGCAUGCUGAUUGGGUUAUAUUUUUUCUACUCUUCAGGUGUUUUUUGUGCUUCAUAGAAUGGGUUUAACAGUAACUCAAAAUGUGGCUAUCCUGUUGUCAUUGGAUGGUUCCUGGGAUCUAUAGUAUAGGGGUGAACAGAAGUGCAGUAGGUUAAUGACCAAAUUCUUUUUGUAAAUUUUUUUUCCUCAAAAUGUAUUUUGCCUGCCAGUAUUCACUUAAAGGGGCAAUAUACACUUAAAUACAACCUUGUUCAACAUGAGCAAAAUAAACACAGUUUAUUUUUAAAAUAUAUGUCUGUCUUUUAGUUUAAAUUCCAUAUUUGUUAUAUUAUGAGCCAUUGUUUGACCCACACUACUUUCCACGAUCAACUGAUUUAAAUAUUAAAAUGUGAAGGAGUCUGUUAUGCAGGUGGGUUAUUUGUCCCCUGGUAAUCAGUUUGUUUCUCCUAUAAGUGCUUGAAAGAACCAGUGAAAGUGAAAGCAGUGUUGAUUUCUCUGUACCCUGCUUAGCUCAAGGAAUACUAAAAACCUAAUUUUUCUUAAUGAAAACAAUAGGCAAAAAUGUUGCUCAGGCCAAGUUCUUAUUCAUUGAACUCCUGUUGAACAAAGGGUUACAUUUAAAACCAUGAAAUGUUAUGUAUGCCAUGAGAGUCAUUCAUGACAGACAUUUGUAAAGCAUCACCGUUAUUUAUGUUCCAUGUAUAUAGACCUUGUUUUUAUGAGCCGUAAUAAAGUUUUAUUGACUUUUGUUACACAUUUUGUAAUAAUGAAUAGCAGAUAUAAUAAUUUUUUCUCCAACGUUCGAAACCACACACUUUACAGGAAUUUGCAUCAUGGGUGUUUGCAAAUAUAUGUGGAUCAUUGUAUAUAUUAAAGCAUCUGUAUUAUCAACCCAGA